AUUUCAACACGGAAAGGUUUUACUGGUGCACUGCACUUCGCUAUUCCGUUCCGGUACAAUAAUGGCGACUGUCAAAGAAACACAUGUGAGAAUCUCGCCUGAGUUAUUAGGUGACGCAGAGCACUGGAAAGUUCCCAGCAGCAGCGACAACGCCUCUGCCGGAGAGAGUGAUGGAGAAGAGGAGGAGGAGGGAGGGAGCGAUGGAGGGCUGUCUGAGGACGAGAGGAGCGAAAGAAACGAGUCUGACGAUGGAGGAAAGGAAGGAGAGAGUGAAGGAGGACAGGCGGAGGAGGAAGAUGGAGGGAGCGGGUUGGAGGUAAAUAAGAACAGUGAAGAGGAGGGUAACCCUAAUGCGGGCUGGGCCGAGGCCAUGGCCAAGAUCCUGCAGAAGAAAACUCCCGCCAGCAAGCCUAGCAUUCUGCUGAAGAACAAGCAGCUGGACAGGAGGAGGGAGCAGGAAAGGAAAGAGCAGCUGGAACGGAAGAAACAGGUGGAGAAGAGGAGAGCCUGGGAGGAGAUGUGCAGACAGAAGCCUGAUGUGGUGAAGGACCGAGAGAGUGAGAGGAGCCUUCAGAGGAUCGCUACCAGGGGUGUGGUGCAGCUGUUCAACGCCGUGAGGAGCCACCAGAAGACUCUGGAUGAGAAGGUGAAGGAGGCGGGCGGCUCAGAGAGGAAGAAGGCAAAGCUGCUGUCCUCCGUCUCCAGAAGGGACUUCAUCAGCGUCCUGCGGGGGGCCGAGGCCGGGGGGGGCGCUGCCGGGGGGGGGGCUGCCACCUUCAAACACACGGGAGCAGAGGAGAAGCCAGUGUGGAGUGUCCUCAGAGAUGACUACAUGAUGGGCGCCUCCAUGAAGGACUGGGACAAGGAGAGCGAGGAGGAUGGGGUGGAGGCCGGCGGGGGUGGAGACUACAACAGCGGGUCAGACUGACCCCUCUUCCCCUCCCUGCGUCCACCCUAACUGUUUCAUGAGCUGCUCCAUCAUGGUGGUUUGUCUGACCCACACCUGUCUGACCCACACCUGUCUGACCCGGGGGGAGACCAGCCUGGGAGAUGGCAUCUGAAGCCCAGUAUUAGAUAUUAAAGGUUGUUCAACAGCCUGUUAUUAACACCUCCUAUGAAUCCUGUACAUAAACCUUUAUGUUACUCUUUUUUUUU